AACAGUCUCCAGAUGUACCUCAACAGUCUCCAGAUAUACCUAACGCGUCUCUGGCUGUACUUCAGGAGCCUCCAGAUGUAUCUCAGGCGUCUCCAGAUGUACCUAACCAGUCUCCAGAUGUAGAACAGGAUAUUGCUACUCCCAAGGAAACCAGAUCUGUGGGGUGUCAACGUUCCCUCCAGAAGCCACAGAGAAGGUCCCAUUAUACUCAGACCAAGUGGAAGACUUGUGAUAAAGAGGUACAGGCUGUCCCAAAGGUGAAAACUAGGGAGAUUGGCGUGAGUUGUAAUCUACUACCAGCUCCUCCUUUACAUGCUCAACCUAUAGAAGUUCCUGUCAACUAGUCAUUUGCCUCAGAGGAGACUGAAAGUGAGCAGGAUGAGCUGGAGGAAACUGACUAUUCCUUCGAGUCGACCGAGUCUGAUGAAACUGUGGAGAGUGACCUUGGGAGCGAUCGUGACAGGAAAUUCCUUGUUUAUGAGUGUCAGCUUAUGGAACUCUUUGCAAAUUGUCCCUCCUGUGCACAGCCAACAUAUGGGGAGAUCAAACAACUGAAGGGAUCCUUCAUCUCCAUCACUCAAGACUGCAGAUUUUGUUUCUACCAGCGGACUUGGAGUAGCCAGCCCCUAAUUGGUAGCAUUCCUGCGGGGAAUUUCGAAAUAUCCUGUGCAUUGCUGUUUUCAGGAUCUCUUCCAAGCAAAUCAGUCAGAAUGUUUAAGUUCUUGAACAUGGCUUCCAUCUCCUACAGGACCUUUAUGUAUCACCAACAGUGUUACCUCCAUCCAGCAGUGACUGAAGUGUGGAGAGACCAACAAGCCUCUUAUGUACAAGAAGCACGGGCGUCGGGGCGGCAGUUACAUUUAGGUGGAGAUGGAAGGGCAGAUACACCUGGCCAUUGUGCCAAGUUUGGUAGCUACACGCUUAUGGACCUAGCAGAGAAUGUGGUGGUCGAUCUCCAACUUAUACAGAGUAACGAAGUAGGGGGGAGUUGCCUUAUGGAGAAAGAGGGUUUGAUCAGAGGAGUCCGUUACCUUGAAGAGAAUGGUUUACCAAUCAGCCAGAUAGUAACGGACAGACACCUUCAGGUUGCGAAGUGGAUGCGGGAGAACCUGCCAGAUACGACACAUAGCAUCGAUGUGUGGCAUGUAGCAAAAGGAUUUAAGAAGAAGCUGUUGGCCCUAAGCAAAGAAAAGGAUUGCGAGCACCUAAGAGAGUGGAUAAAAAGUCUGGUCAACCAUUUGUAUUGGGUACCCUCCUCAGCACCUGAUGACGAAGACAGUGAGCUCAGAUGGGAAAAGUGGACCAGUAUUACCAACCAGGUCCAGAACAUUCACGAAGGUCAUGGGCAACAUUUUCAACGGUGUGAACAUGGGGACCUUGACCCAGCAGCUAGACGAAAAAGAUGGUUAAGACCAGGAACCAAAGUGAUGGAGAAAUUAGAAGCGAUUGUCAAUAGCAGGCAGAUGAAGAAGGACAUCCCCAUGCUCUCAUCAUCAUUUCAAACCUCCAGUGUAGAGGCAUUCCAUUCAGUAAUCAAUCAGUUUGCGCCCAAGAUGUAUAAGUUCUCGUACUUUGGAAUGCAAAGUCGCUUGGCCUUAGCAGCGCUUCACUUCAAUGAGAAUUCCAGUAAGGAUCAGGCAGCAACAAGAGAGGGGAAUCUUCAAUACAGCAUUGUAUUUCCAAAGCACAAAAAGGGGGACUACACUGUGAAGAAGGUCAAGACGCAAAGUACUUAUGAGUAUGUCGAUGUUCUUACAAAUGCUGCUAAGACAAGGGCCAGCAACAUGAAGAUGCCACAGUGUGGGGACCCUAGAGUUGCGCCACCGCCCCUGUGCGACCAGUAUGUACUCCCCGAGAAAGACGAUGCGGUGGGUCAGCUGCUUACAAGGUUCCGUAGGAAUUAG